CCUCCUCUCGCGUCUCGCGAUAGAGCGGCGGAGCGCUUUGACGGGCAGUCGAGGUUGCAGCAGGCAGAGGGAGACGGUGGAAGGUAAAGCAGGGAGGCAGCAUCAUGGCGGACAGAGACAGUGGCAGUGACCACGGCGGGCCCACCGCAGGCCCCGGCUCGCUGCCUCCGGGCGCGAUGGGCGCCAUGUCUCGGCUGCAGCAUGACACCGAGGAGCUCGCCUCCAAGCGCGUCGACAUCCAGAACAAGCGCUUCUACCUUGACGUGAAGCAGAACGUGAAAGGCCGCUUCCUAAAGAUAGCCGAGGUCGGGGCCGGGGGAAACAAGAGCCGCCUCACUCUCUCCAUGUCCGUGGCCGUGGAGUUCCGCGACUAUCUCGGGGACUUUAUCGAACAUUACGCCCAGCUGGGCCCGAGCAACCCAGACAUGGUGCAGGAUGAGCCGCGGCGCGCGCUCAAGAGCGAAUUCCUGGUGCGGGAGAAUCGGAAAUAUUACAUGGAUCUGAAAGAGAACCAGAGGGGGCGGUUCCUGAGGAUCCGGCAGACCGUUAAUCGGGGGCCGGGAUUGGGAAGCGCACAAGGCCAGACCAUCGCUCUGCCGGCGCAGGGUCUGAUCGAGUUCCGCGACGCGCUGGCGAAACUCAUAGACGACUACGGCGUGGACGAGGAGCCGGCGGAGCUGCCGGAGGGCACGUCGCUCACGGUCGACAACAAGCGCUUCUUCUUCGACGUGGGCUCCAACAAGUACGGGGUGUUCAUGCGGGUCAGCGAGGUGAAGCCCACUUACCGGAACUCCAUCACGGUUCCAUGCAAAGUGUGGUCCAAAUUCGGCAACACCUUUUGCAAAUACGCGGAGGAGAUGAGAAAGAUCCAGGAGAGGAGUCGAGAGAAACGGGCCUCCGAACUGCUGCCCGAGGGCCCGCACGGCGGCGACGACGGCGACGACGACUGACGCGGAUUUUAGCGGAGCAGGAGCGACGCGAGCGAGUCUAAACCGAACUCUGAGACAAAAAAAACAGACUUUGAGCUGUAAAUUAGAAAGAGAAAUUCCAAGGGAAUCACCCCCCACACACAACCUCCACAGACAUGGCAGCACCCCCGCUGCCUCCUCGCUCAUUUUACUGGAUGUCACCCCACUUACCACCCAUGUAACAGUAAGCCGCUGCUAUCGAGGAUUGAACUGUAAGAUAUGAACUGUUUCCUACUUGAUUUAAAUGACAAUGAACAGAGUGUUUAUAUCUCUAUCGAUGACAGAUUUUGCACACAUCAAAGCUAUUUGGAGAAACUAAACAAUGUUUAAAUGUUUUCAAAGUGGUAAUAUACUAAGAUUUACUCAAAAAUAAAACCAGAGGUCUAUUAUAUUAAACGGGCAGUCUUCAUGUAGAACGAAUAUUUGACAUCAGCACAAACAGAAUAUAUUAUGGACUUUAUGAAACCAAAAUCUGAUUCCAGAUGUAUAGUUUAUUAUAAAGGUACGCAGAUGAUAAGAAGAAAAAAAGAUAUAUAUAUAUAUGAAUUACAGGACGCAGCCACAGGCCUGUCGACACCUGUCAGCAUGCGUGUGAGCCCAUGAUUUAGGAAGUUUGGCAAAAGUAGGCUAAAGUCUUUAAUCUGACCUAAAACGUAGUAGGCUAAUGAAAACACUUCUAUCAUGCAAUUAAGGAAAGGUUGAGACUGAAGAAUUAACAGCCUAUUUCAUGCGCCUCAAACCAACAGGAUAAAUUUAUCUCUGAGCUACUAUAUUGAAUAUCAACCUUUUUGCACCAUGUCCAUAUAGACUUAAAUGAAAAAAGUGCUAACUUAGAUGUACUAAUUAUGAUUUUGUGAAUCAGCUGUAAAAAUCCUUAUUAAGAUACCCACGUUUUCUGUGGGUUAAAUUUUCUUUGUUAAUCUUGUUGUUGUUUGUUUGUUUUUUUCCUCUGGGGGUGGGGGGGGGUUGGCGAUGCAAAAAGAUAUCGUCCACUUUAUGGGAGCGCACGACGCGUAAAACAACAGCAGAAAAAAAGAACCGACGAGGAAAAACAAAAAGACGCGUCCGCACAGCGCACGGCGAGGCAACGCAUCCUCUCUGACGUCAUUACGACCUGUGCCUUAUACACUCCACUCGUUUACGUGUUCCUCACGUGGAUGGUCCGUGACCUCGACCGCUGUACGUUUUCAUUUACGAGUGCUGUAAUGUAGGCAGAAAUAUAACAGAAACACCUAAAGCAUGCUGAGAGGAACUGGAGCAAGCCCUUUAGAACGAUACUGCUGGGGCGUAAAGGGGGGGGGGGCCUGGGGUGGCACAGCCCCCUGGACCCCAGAAACCCUAGCAGCACCCGUGGCUGUGAGGCCUCUCGUAGAAGAGCUGCGUCUCACUGAUGGGAUGUGCACCACUGCCUGCGGCGACACUGGGAGUGAGCGUGGUGGCUGAUCCGGAGAUGCAACAGGUGGAUGUGCACAGCAUAUGCACCACGAUGUUAAAAAAAAAAAAAAACAAGACAGCUACAUCCAAAAACAGAAUCUGGAAAAGGCCGGAUGAGGUUAUUAACAGAGCUGAGAUGGAUGCUGGUCAGGAGCCAGGCAGUCAGUGGAUGUAGAGGCCUACAGUGCAGGGCCGAGGCAGUAUCUCUCUCUUUAUGGUGCUACAGCCCCUUAAUCGCUUCUUGGGGGACUCGCCGUUCACAAUAAGUCACCUUUGCAUUAUUUUUAUUAUCACGCUCGCUUUUAUUUCCUUCCUUCGGAAGUUUUGUUUUCUGAAAACAUGUCAGAUUUCUCCCUCCCAGGCUUUGAGGAGGCCACUGACUAGCGUCGUACUUCUCAUCUUAGUGUGCAAUAUUGUAUACGUGCCAACAGCGGCACUGUAUCACGUGUAUAGACUAUUAAAAGACAACAAAUGUAUAGACUAUGUGAUCAGUAGAUGUUUGAAAGCAUGACAAUGAGGUUAUGGCGACUGCAUUAUGCUUCUGAAAUGUGAAGUCAUUCUUCUAAUGCACCUACUUCAAGUGAGGGGGGGGGGGUCAGACCAGCGGUGAGGUGUUUUCCGUUUUCCCUGUCACUUACUGUAAACUAGUAGUUUGCCUUGUCUGUCUCCCUGUGCUCCCCCUCGAAAAAUGAUCCUUCUGCCACAACAUGGUCACCAUCUCUGACUGUCCCCACGUCCGCCCUGCUGCUGCAGAGAGGCUGAGACGGAGGAAGGCUGAAUAGCACCGCUACGCAGGGUGUGGGUGCAGGGGUGAUUGAUACAUACGCAGUCUUUCCCCCGCUGAGGCCUCCUGUCGCCGUCCCAGCGCUCGGGAGGUGUUUUAGACGACCCUCAUGAGGCCUCUUGUGGUUAGAGGACAUGGGAUUGUGCGUUUCUCACCCGGGUGGUGCGGGGGCAGGUGAGGUAUGAUUCAACUUCGUCUUGUCUGUGGUUGUACCCGAGCUCGGCAAUAGCGAUCAGCCACGGCGGACUCAGAGGACAGAGGAGUUGAUUGUUUGAACAAUGAGGAUCCUUCUUUCGGACGUGGGAAGGUCUGACCUCAGGUCUGAUCCUCUUUCCCUAGCUCACGAUUCAGUGUGUAAGAAAGGUCCGUGCAGCAAACAUGUCCGCUCUUCAGUUCGACCUCCCGACUCGCGCAGAUGUGGUAUCGUUGUGCUUCAGGUGGUGCGUUCAGGCGUCGGGUUCCUUUAAAACAGGUUGCUGUACCACCGCUCAUACGUCUGAGCUCGGCCACCGGCUCCGUCAGCAUGGCGUGCCACCUAGCUGGCACGGAGGGGAAGCACUGACUGCAUGGAUUGCAGCUUUAGAGGCCUCAGCUGGAUCAAAGCUGCUAAUGUAGUUAGAGCCGGGGAGUGCCAGACAUGUGCGCAGGCUGAGGACAGUCUGAGGCACGGCUCACCACAUCACACCUGGCCUGGAAAAGGCACCCGGAGGCCUCUGAAGGCCCGCUUUGAACAGUCGAUCGGUGCUCGAUUGCUCGUGCCUGUAACUUUGGCGCAAGGAGAAACGUUCCAGAAAAAACUUGUCGGUUCCUUGUAGAACUUGCUGGCCCGGGUUUGAAUCUGAUUGUUGCUUAAAGGUCCGAUGACUCCUUGCACUGCACUGUAGAGGCUGAGCAGCACCAGCCCAGGUCCAUUCGGUCCGGGCUUCUCUUUUGGUGAAUUUACUUCCCCUCUUGUGGAGAUGUUAAUAUUUCCUCACACUGCCCAGUGAGUUCUAAAAAGCAUAUUUAACACAACUAUGAGGCAAUUAUGACUAUUUGCCUAGCGACGCACACCUGAGGUCAGGCUGAGUUCAUCUUGACUCGGCGUGACUUUGGACUCUGUUGGAACGCUUAUUCCCCAAAGUGUUCUUAGCUUUAGUUUGAUGCACUUCAAGCCUCCAGGAGGCUUCAUACUAAAUGGAAAUACAACACUUCCUUUUCUGUGUCCAAUUGCCAAAACGUAAGGAGAGGCUGAACGCGCUUGCGUAGUUCACUGCCUCGCUCUGUGAAAACGCACACGUUUUUUUUUUUUGCUUGGUCACAGACCGUCAUCGUUAGCUGCUCCUGGGUCAGUAGUGCCACUGGUGCAGAAUGACUCUGAGCUGAAACAUGACUUGUGCAUUUUUGGGACUUGGUUCUAUCUAAGUUACAGAGGGGGGGCGCAGUGUGAUCAAAUGUGAUUCCUCACUUUAUGAACGCUCACCCAGUGUCAUAGCGAAACCUGGCGCGACCUCACUGCCGAGUUGCAGUCAUAGUGAGCAACCAGCUGCUCCUGGGACUCGAAUGCGUCGCGGCGGGCGGGUUUUUCAGUCCUGUUCUCGGUCGACCCGUCCUCGACUCGGGUUUGGCUGAGGUCAGCGCAGGGGCAGGAUGGUGCACCGAAGCUGAGCAAAUGUCUUUAUUAAUGAUACAGCAGGAGCCGUCAUAGCCGCCCCCAACCAUGAUGUAACCCUGCCUUUUGUCUGCCACUAAACCAGAGGAAGUUCACGCUGAACCUCUAUUGGUUGCUCAAGCUUUGGGCAGAAAAACAAAGCGUUUAUUAGGAGACGUGACUCGGCUCGUUGCAUCAUCCAGAUUGCUGUGAUGGCUCCGGCUGUAGGUGCUUUGUGCUCCUUGUUCCUCUAGUCCCAAACAGGGAGGCUGUUCGUGUACGUGACUUAUUAACAGCAAACUUCCACAAACACAAGGGUUGACGGCUGCCAGCCUCUUGCUGAAUAUACAGUUACACUUAUAGUUACUGACAGAAAACCGCUUCCACGAGGUGUUUCAGACCAGACCACCGAACCUGCUUUGUUUCUGGUUUCAGUGUUGUAGUCUGUCAUUGGCCAGUCAGAGUUCUUGGUUAACGCCACAGCCAAUCACAGCCUCUGGCCACAACCAAGCGCCAUGUGACUCAUCACAACCCAGCGAGGAGCUCGCUCAGCACGUCUUCUGUUUGCACAUAGUGGUGUAGUGUAGCGUAGGAUCCAUCGCGGUCGCCGACUGUAGAGGCUACUGUCGUGUAUAGUUACAAAGACGUUUCGAAGCUGUUGGGAAACGUCUCCUGGAUUUUAAGGGGCGGGGUCAAUGCACAAUGAACAUAUCCCAUGUUACGUUUGUUCUCAAUCCCUUUAUCAUCUCCAUAUGAGGUAAUAUGUUGUAUCUUUUAAAAAUAUGUUAUCUGUGGCGUGCGUGCGUGGGUGUGUGUGUAUAUAUAUACAUAUAUAUGUGUGUGUGUGUGUGUGUGUGUGCGUGUGUGCGUGCGUGUAUAUAUGUAUACAUAUAUUUAUAUAUGUGUGUGUAUAUAUAUAUUUAUAUAUAUACACACACAUAUGGUUUUGUUAUCUAUGAUGCUCCUCCUUUCAGAAAAUAUAACAUGUAAACAGGAAAAACAUUGCUGUUUUUUUCCUUUGUAUUUUAUACUUGCAGAACGCAUUGAAUAAAAUGGAUAAAUACUUGCACUUUAGAUAUAUUAAGGAAAAAAAACUAAAUAUCUGCAUAUUAUUUUUGAUAGGGAUCUCACAUUUAAAGAGUAUAAACUACAGGCUUUGUGACUAUUGCUGGACAGAGAUGUGUUGAGUUCUACUUAUUGAAGUAUAUUUUGUGUGUCAGAAGGUUUACUCAAGUGAAUUGCAUGAUAAAGUAGUGCUACACAAAUAUUGUUCUUUUCUUUUAGUUGGUAAAAUGUCUGAAAACUGUGAUAAAGACCCUCUUGUAUCAUGUUUAACCUCUCCUCACCCCUCUAGAGUAUUUCUUACUGAAUUAUGGCCUUUCCUGACUACAUGACGAUGGUGCUUACUUUGGCUUUGACAUCAAGCUCAUCCUCUACAUCUCAACGUCAUCAUUAACUCGCAUCCUCACGCGUCAUCUUUUUCUGUUAUGUACUUUCACUACCUUAUUAAAUUUCCGUUAAUGGCAAAAAAAGGCUGUGCUGUUUUGUACGUUGCUGUUUGUUUCAAUGUUGGGGAUAGCCUUGUUGUCUAAAAAAAAUGACCAAACGCGCAAUAAAAAGUCAUUUCACAUG